CCCCUGGAAGGAGGGGCGGGGAGGGCCGGUACGGGCCGGCCAGCCCGGACGGAGCCUUCCCCCAGCCCGGCCAGCGGGGCCAGGACAGGGAGAGGAGGGAGCGAUAUCUGAUGGCAGAGAUCCCACUUCUUCCAAGCAGCUUUCCUUGACUAGCUCAGAGGAAGCAUAGAUUUGUGCUCAAAUCCAUCUUAUGCAACAAUAUUUAUUUCCCUGGAAGACCACCAGAUCACCUGUUGUCUGUAAGCAGCGAAGACAUUUGCAGGAGGACCAGAAGACAGGUAUCAAGACAAUAUUUGCAUCAUAGAAGGAAACUGCACUCCUUACUUCACCACCUAUCCUGCUUCCAGCCCAACCCCUGAAGACAUCUUCCAGGGAGAAAGGGCCAGCCAUCCCUACCAGCUGUCAUCUUUGGAGCUGAAUUUAAGAAGUGCAACAUGGCCAGAGGUUGCCUCUGCUGUUUGAAGUACAUGAUGUUCCUGUUCAAUUUGAUAUUUUGGCUGUGUGGCUGCGGGUUGCUAGGGGUGGGCAUCUGGCUCUCUGUCUCCCAGGGAAACUUCGCCACCUUUUCCCCCAGUUUCCCUUCGUUGUCAGCAGCCAAUUUGGUCAUUGCUAUUGGAACUAUUGUCAUGGUGACCGGCUUCCUGGGCUGUCUCGGAGCCAUCAAGGAAAACAAAUGUCUCCUUCUCAGUUUUUUCAUAGUCCUGUUGGUCAUCCUCCUGGCCGAGCUGAUCUUACUCAUCCUGUUUUUUGUCUACAUGGACAAGGUGAAUGAUAAUGCCAAGAAGGAUCUGAAGGAAGGGCUGCUCCUGUAUAACACAGAGAAUAAUGUGGGACUGAAAAAUGCCUGGAACAUCAUUCAAGCUGAGAUGCGAUGCUGUGGUGUCACUGACUUCACAGACUGGUUUCCUGUGCUGGGAGAGAAUACAGUCCCUGAUCGCUGUUGCAUGGAGAAUUCCCAGGACUGUGGGCGCAACUCUACCACCCUUGUGUGGAAAACAGGCUGUUACGAGAAGGUAAAGACAUGGUUUGAUGACAACAAACACGUUUUGGGCACAGUGGGGAUGUGCAUUCUCAUCAUGCAGAUUCUAGGCAUGGCCUUCUCCAUGACACUCUUCCAGCACAUCCACCGAACUGGUAAAAAAUAUGAUGCCUAAGCCAACUGGCUGGGAGUGCCAUCCAUACUCUUUCUACACCAGGGAAGAAUUGUGCUUUUGUAGCCUCCUGAACACCAGACUGCCAUCCCUUCCUAUGCAUAACCCAACCUAGUCCUGUCCAACAGAUUGACGCCCCCACCCUUCCUGAAUCAUCCAUAGACUUCUUUGUAGGGUGGGCAGGGUGGGUAGGGAGAGUGGGAAGGAAACCUCAGGAGAUGGGAAGUUGUGUGUGUGUGUUGGGGGUGGGGGGUGGGACUUUUCUGCAUCCACAUCUGUUUCUUUGCCAAAGAAGAUGGAGGGAUGGGGAGAGGAUGAGGUAGAGUGAUGGGAGAUGCUGAAAGAGCAAACUCCAAUAUGACACUAAUCCCUCCUUAGCUCUCCUUUACCUCCUGUCCUUCUUCUACGCACUGACACUUUGCCUGACCCAUAGGGGAAGAGGAUAAGGAGGAGGAGGCGGACCCCAAGCCUUGCUGGGGGCUUCUUCCUCUUCACUUCCCUGCCCCUUUUCAAGGGACACAGCCUCUUCUAUUUCUGCUUAUAGCCACACCUCGCCCCCACCUCUAGUCUGGAGACCUGGAAGACUAAAUGGGAGGGAGGGACAGGGAGGCCCAACCAUUUUAAGUAAGGGGCCCCAGGCAAUGUUCUUUCUGAGGCAUUUUGUACCCUAUGAUGUAUCUUUUUUAUCAUUUUAUUUUAUCCUAAUUUUGAUCAUUUGGGAUCAGUAUUCCCCAAAUACCUUUAGGGUUAGCUUUCUGAUCUAUAACUUUUUACUAUAUUGGUUUCUUUGACUUCUUGGUUUUUUGGUGGGGGGUGGUGAUGGGUGGGAGGGUAUCCAUUUGGUUUUAAUCUGGGAAGAAACACUGCAACGCUUGGGAGGACCUUGGUAAAGAUAUAUUAGAUUUUUUCUUUUCUUUUUUUUUGCGGUAUAGAGAGGAUGAGAUUAGCUGGCUGUGCUGAGAAAGCUAGGACUUGGCUCAGUUCCUUUACCUCUGUGAGGAUCUAGACAGGAGGGUCCGUGGUUCUCUCAAGGACUUUCCUCUGGGGCUUGGAGUCUUUUGCUCCCAGUAUUUUGGCUUUUGUGAAGUGAAGCAAGUUCAGGGGUCAAGCAAGAGGCAAAGAGGAUCCAGUACCAGUGCCAAUGGAAGACAGAACCAAUUGGGAUGUGAGUUGGGUGGGAACGGGGGGGGGGGAAGGGGGGCGGUAGGGAGGUGAUAAGGGAGCUUGCAGUAUUUUUUGCUAAUCUCUUUACCAGGAACUAUGGCCUGAGCUAGGAUAAAUCUGCUGCUGUUUUUGUUUUUGUUUUUGUCUUUACUUUUUGUCUUUGUCUUUUUUUUUAUCCUUCCCUCCCAACCAUCUUUGGCAUGGGAGACUCUCCCUUCACUCCAUUCGGUCAUUCCCACAUCAAAUUCCCAGACUUCCCCUUUUUUCCCCCUAAACAUUCCUGUUAGAACUUUUGAUCAUAUACCUCGGUAGUUCAUAUGCUGCAUUUCUCACAUAUUGCUGCUUUUCACAAAGGAAAGGACAGAUGGAGGGUGUUAAAAGGGAUCUCGGAGGUUGUCUAGGACAAUUCCCUGACUUGACAAAGGAAUAUGAAGCCCAAACAGAUUCAGAAUCUGCUCCCCCAGGUAACAGGGCCCUAAAUAUACCUUUGAAUCCCCAGAUACAUGGCUAGGUGAGUUAAUUCCCCAAGGGUUAUCUGGAGUAUUAUCUUAGUGAGAGAUCUCCAGUGCUUGAUAGUAUCAGAAAUCUAGUCUCUCUCCCGUGGGUUUGUAGAAUGGAGUGAUAAUGCUCCAUCAUAAUCAUAGGACACACUCCUCUCCAUUCCCUAUUUCUAAUCGAGGAGGAAUUAAUACAAAAUGAAACAUGAAAACGACCAAUGUACAUCCAUUAAAAAAAUAUAGAAGAGUAAAACUCAAUUCAUAGUGUUUGCAAAGCUAUGCAAAAAUGAAAAGGGACUAGUGGAAAAUUUGACCUCAGCAAACCCCCUCCUCCACCCCCCACCCCUAACCCCUCUUUGUUGGUUCUACUAACCAACCCUGGGAAAAGUCUGAGAAUCCCACAGAAGAGGGCUCCUAUGAUCUGGGUUCCUCAUAGGCUCACACACUAGGGCCAGGUCAGUGAUCCGGUUUUCAUCUAUCUUUCCUUUUUAUUACCUGAGAAAUGCCAGCACAACCAACAAAUCCCUGACCAUUGGUUUACUAUAAAUGUCAUACAAAUUGGGACCAGGAGUGCAAAUGUUCUGGUUUGGCCAAAGCUUCCUUCCUUUCCCCCUUUCCUUCCCCCCACCCCCAAUCUGCUUGCCAGGGUUAGUGGUGAUGGGGUCUCUCAAAGGUGGAGUGUAGGAGUCGUAUCCUCUUUAGGACAAAAUACCAUGGCAAUGAUAAAAGAUGCUGCUAUUAGAGAGAUAACUUCCUCACCAUCAAACCAAGAAUGGCAAGGUCUAAUUCUUUCAUGUUUGUCUUUUAAAAUUUUUUAUUUUCUCCCCUUAUUCCCUCCCCUCUCCACCUGUCCCCUCCCCCUCUAC